UGUCUCACGAAUGUAGCCUGUAUCAACCCAAACUUCUCAUUUAGGCCCUUGACUGAGUUGCACACCAAGGUUGCUGAAAUUAUUGUCCUUUUUUCCCCACCUCACAGCUGUAAAUCUAGUGGUGAGCCAGUCACCAUCUUCCAUCCAGGCAAAAGAAGGGGAAAACCUCACUAUGGACUGUAGAGUCCGGGAAAAGGAAACGAAAUUCUUCCAUCGUGUUUCAUGGUAUAAGAUUGCCUCUGAUGGACAGAAGAGCUUAAUGACCCAUGGAACCAGUGUUCUGAAAGACCGAGCUUCUCUGUCUUUGAGGAACGUCAAACAGGAGGACUCUGGAAACUAUACCUGUGAAGUUCAUAAAUAUGGCCAAGGGACUGGAACUAGGGUGACAAUCCUUGCAGGACGUGAGAAGCCGUCGCAGAUCACCAACGUCGAUGGUGACGGCAGGCAAUCAGGCCCACCCAAAAAAAAUACCGACAGUGGAAUCGGAAUCCCUGUGGGAGUUGGAGUAGCCGUGGGCACCCUCAUCUUCUUGCUGCUUCUCGGAGUCCUGGUGUGGAGAUCCAAGAGGAAAAAUAAAGGAGCUUCAGAAAACCCUUUGGAGAGUGAGCCUACGGUAGCCGAAGAAGCCAAAAAGCACACUUUGACCAGGCAAAUGAGUGAGGUGACAUAUGCUGACAUCAGAUUCCACAAAAGGGAAGCUCAACCUGAUACUGAAGUUGUGUAUGCAGAAGUGAGAUUGGGCACAAAACGGCCUGAGCACAGAGACAGAGGCACCCCGGCUGCAGGCCUUCACUGAGAGAAGAGGACAGGAGAAGGUAUUUAGAGAUGAGUUGUCUUCAGAUGUUCCUGAGAUAUGUCCUACCAUGAAACUGAUGGUUCCUUUCAAAGUCUGUUGCCUUGACAAGUCUUCACCUGUUUAUCAACGAAUGGAAGAAUUGCAGUCUGCCUCCCCUUUCCUGUUUUGGUAGAGAUAGACAACUCUGUCUUCUAAACUGAAGCCAUCAUGGCUUAUCUAGACAUAAUGUCUUCCAGACGAGAGCCUUCUCUUGAAAGGAUCAUCUUUGCUUGAGCACCUAGAAGGCAGAUUAGGACACAAUCUUCUCCACUGGGGUGAAAGGAUCUCUUUUUAAUAUUCUUAUUGCUUCUGAGGUUGACAAUUGAAAACCCUCGUAAACCUUGAAUGGGACUUUCAGGUGUGCAAAGAUACAGAAGAACACAAGGUGGCAGAAAAGAGACGAGAAAGAAAAAGCCAAGAAAUUCUGUCUCCAUCUAGUGGUCAUCUGAAUUUCUGCAGCCAACUCUCUUGGAGACCAACACAAUAACAAUAUGGCAACUGAACAUUUCCCAGACCUGAUCAUUUCUGCUAGAAAUUCUCUCAAGGGAUGCAUGCAUCUCCUCGGAAGUGAUCUGUUUGCAGAUCAACACACCGGGCACGGUUGAAGGGAGCAGGAAGUGAGGCUUAGAGCAACUGUUGGCAAGGAACCCAACCUUCUUUUCCGACACGCGUCCUUCUCUUUUUCUUUUCAACCUCCUCUUCUCUUUCUUCUCAUCUCUGCAAGAGAACUGAGUAUAACAUAUGCUGAAAAGGAAGUCACAUUUUCCAAUGGGUGGGGAGGGGGGAUUUGCAUCCAUAACAGUUUUGGAGUUGGGGGCAGGAAGGGACAAUUGGAGAUGCCCAGUUGGAUUGUUGACAGAUUGUCCAUCUCACUGUGGACAAUGGUAGCAUGGCAAAAACAUGGAUUCUCAUAUCAAGAAAAUUGUUAGGAGGGGAGCUAAUUUAUAGUAAUUUUCACAAUGCUGUUUACAUUGUAGUAGUUGGCUGCAGCAGAGAGGCCUUGCCUUUUGGGCUGCGUGGUGGCUACGUCUGCUUUUAAGUAACAUUUCCUCAACCUCUACCUCUGCAACAACCAUUAUCCUUGUAACCUCCCAGUUAGAUUACUGCAAUAUGUUCUACAUGGGGCUGCCCUUGAAGACCAUUCAGAAACUUCAACUGAUGCAAAAUGUGGCUGCACCAGUAACAAAUGGUACUGGCUACACGGUACAUGUAACACAUUUGUUCUGUGAUCUGCUUGGCUGCCAGUAUGUUUCUGGGUCACCCUUAAAGGCCUACAUGUCUUGGAACUGGGCUAUCUGGGGAGACUCCAAGAGUCUCUACCCAUCCAAUUCAAUGGAGCAGAUUGGGCACGCUGCGGAUUCAGCUGGCAGGGACAAGAAAAUGGGCCUUUUUUUGCUCUGUGGAAUAUCCUCCCCUUGGAAAUUAGAUUUACCCUUUGAAAGGCUCUAAAAACUUUGCUAUAUUGUAUACCCAACCUGGGGCUCGGACUAUGUUAAUGGAUCCGUGUCUUGACUUUACUGUUAGUUGGUUUAAUUAUUUCAACUGCUGUUCGUAUUUAUUUUCUGGAUGUUUUUUAUUGUCUUAGUGUUUUGAAUUAAUUAUUUUAAUUGUUCUACAGUUUUAGAAAUAUUUAGAAAUAUUUUAGAAAUAUAAGCCACUCAGAGUCACUUAAUCAAGUGACUAAAUGGGUGUUGGGUGACUAAAUGAAUGAAUGGAUGGAUGGAUGGAUGAAGAAAUGAAUUAUUAUGGGGAUAAUGAUUAGGAGGAACCUUACAAGGUACGUUUAGAGAGAUAAAGGCUACAACAUACUUUGAAACAUCCUCAAAACAUCUAUAUAUAGUUUUGUAUGACCACGAACCACUUACCAGGGGAAAAAAGUGGCGUAAUAAAGCAAUAUUAAUAACUUG